GUUAAUUCGUUGGUGAUCACAAGAAUUGGUCAUUUAAAUUAUGUAGUUUAGCGAAUUGUUGUAGUCGUGCGUGAUAUAAUUUUAUAUUAUCAGUUUUGGUGUACAUUAUCAUUAUUAUUGUAAUAUGUAUUCGGUGUAAUUAUUCGUAAGAAAUCAAAAUGAAAAAAACUCGUUUGAAAAUGAACAAAUGCCAUGUAAAAAACUCGGAAAAGUGUACGGAUGAGAUUUCUAUGGAUGGCCUACACCCUCCGCUGUUCUGUAGUCAUACGUGGACUAAAUGUGUUCCGAUCAGUCAUCGAAUUCAUCUGAUGCAUCCGUCGAUGUCCAUUGGACGCAAUUAUAGACUAGCACUCGAAAAGACUUUACGAAAAAUCAACAAGUCACGGGAAAAGACCAUGAGUUGUAAAAUAUUAGACGAAGAUCUUCAUUUACUAAAUCGUCCACGCCAAAAAGUCGAAUCCGAACCACAAAAGAUGAAUACCACAAAUGAUUACAAAUGUACCGGCGUCGUGCCUUUAGCGGAUUUGUUGUCCGGAAAAUAUUACAGGGAUAUAGCAGAUCUGAGGAAACAAAAAAUGAUUGCAAAUAAAAUAAAAUAUGAAAAAGCUAUGAUUAAACCAGAAUUACCUUCAAAUUAUAUUGGUUCAUCGAUACAAGCUUGUACUGCAAUGAGUCCGGACAAACAGCUUAAUAUACUGAAAGAUAUGUGGCGAAAAGAGAAAAACGUCGAAAUCAUCAUAAGUAAAGAAGACAACGAAACAAUAGCAUACUAUUUGAACGAAGGUAUAACUAGUGAUUAUUAUAAUCCGUUUCCAGAACAAGUGUUGGCCAAUAUAAAGAAGAAUCGUGUAAAACCGAAUCUGUUAAAAAAGUAUCAUUUUUUGAUGACAUUUUUGGAAAGCGAUGUACGUCAAAAUUAUGAUACUGCUUGCAAAAAAAUAAUCCUUGAUUAUAUAUUAAUCGAUCCAGAUGAAUUAAAAAGAAUUGGAAUAACAAAUUACUAUAGAUCAGAUUAUUCUUCAAUGCAAAUUAGAGGCCCGAUUCCAUGGCAUCAAACAGCAAUUAUUCAAAGAGAACAUUUAAGGCAUAAUUUAUAUAUUUUCAGUGAAUCUAUUUUAAUGUUGAAUAGUGUAUGGAAAAAGUAA